AUGCUCGCGGUGAAAACAGUGUCGUACAGAUUUAAUGUAAACAGGGAGUAUAGUAGUAUCAUGAAAGCAAAAAGAGGUGUGCGGCAGGGGGACCCUAUAUCCCCCUAUUUGUUUGUGAUAGUGAUGGAAUACUUGAAUAGGGUACUGUGCAGGAUGCAACAGAAUCCUGAUUUCAACCACCAUGUGAAAUGUGAAAAGCUGAGCAUCACUCACCUGACAUUUGCGGACGACAUUCUACUGUUUUCCAGGGGGGACACAAGAUCAGUAGAGAUCAUGAUGGAAGCGAUUUGUAACUUUACGAAAGCCACUGGACUGAUGUUAAAUGCUACUAAAAGUCGCAUAUAUUUUGGGGGUGUGGAAGAAAAUGUAAAAGAUGCAAUCUUACAAAAGACUUUGUUUGUGGAGGGCUCUCUCCCUUUCAAAUAUUUAGGCGUACCACUCACGACGAAAAGGCUUUCUAUCAACCAUUACAUGAUAUUGGUUGAUAAAAUUGUGGAUAGGGUAAGACAUUGGAGUACCAAGUUGUUGAGCUAUGCGGGUCGACUCCAACUUAUCAAAAGCAUUACCUUUGCAAUUGCGAAUUAUUGGCUGCAAUGUCUACCGCUGCCAAAAUAUGUUUUGAAGAAGAUUAAUACUAUAUGCCGAACGUUCCUAUGGACAAGUGGUUUGGAACCUAGUAACCGCAGCCCUGUUGCGUGGAAAACUGUCUGCAAACCUGUCAAAUAUGGAGGUAUGAAUAUUAUUAACCUGGAGAUUUGGAGUAUAGUCACGAUGCUUAAGCUAAUCUGGAACAUAUGUAAUAAAGCGGAUAACAUGUGGGUUCGCUGGGUGCAUACAUAUUAUUUCAAAAAUAAGAGUGUUAUGGAGAUGAGUGUGAAACCGGAUAGUUCGUGGAUUAUGAAAACGACUUUGAAAGCUAGAGACAUGAUACCACCGAUCCAGCAGAAAUGGGAUGAAAUGUUGGCUAAGGGGAAAUUCCAUAUGUCAAGUAUUUAUCGGGAACUAAAUAAGGGAGAUGAGGAAGAGAAAAUUUGGCGGAAACUAAUGUAUGGUAAUGUAGCAAGGCCAAGAGUAAUUAUGACAUUAUGGCUGAUAUGCCAUCAGAGACUUGCAACGAAAGACCGAUGUAUGCGGUAUGGAAAGGUGGAAAAUAAUACAUGCUGCUUCUGUGAAACGGAGGAAACCAUCACACAUCUGUUCUUUGAAUGUCCCACUAUGAAAGGUAUUUGGAAGGAUGUUCUGGAUUGGAUAGGUGUUCGGCACGAACCAAAAAGUUGGAAUCAAGAAUUGAAUUGGAUUCUGCAGCACGGUACAGGUAAGGGGAAAAAAUCAGCACUCAUCCGUCUUGCUGUGACAGAGACACUUUAUGGACUUUGGAUGUAUAGGAAUCACAAUUGUUUCGGGAAGGCGAAGGACAACAACUUUAUACGGAGUAAUAUUAUAGAUAUGAUAACUUAUAGAGGUUGGUAUAGUCAUAAACUUCGAACUCGAAUUUCAGAGUUGAUGCUAUAG